AGCGCCAUCAUGCCAGCCGCCUCUACUGUGUAUGUCAUGGCCAAGGGAUGUAGAGACAGUCGGAAAUCCCAGAGAGAGAGGGCGAGAGAGAGGGAGAGAGAGAGAUGAUACAUGGGUGGUGAGGGAGAGAAGGAAGGGGAAGAAAGAAGGGUCUGGGUCGACUCCGCUGACGCUACUACUGGCGGGCCCUGACUUCUUUGCUUCCCGACAGACGAAGCAGUAGUGAUCCGACUCCAAAAUUGUCACUGCUGUUUUCGUGUCAGUAUUUGCUUUAGGCACACUGGCUGGCGGCAUUGGCGUGGCGCUACAACUCCUUGGCUUCUCACACUUUGCUUAUUCGCACAAACUCGGGUUCUUCUCAUUUGUUCUGCACUAAUAACCCUCCUCUCCUCCCCGUCCGUCCCUUUCCAUUCCAGUCCGUUCACUUCGAUGUCUGUCACUAGAUGAUCUGGGACCUGACCACGCUUCUCUGGCAAUUCUUGUCUUUCUCCACCUCUGCUUGUCGAGCUGAGAGAGGAGUCUCACACGAGACCUGGUAGGUGCUGCUGUGUUAGGCGCAGGUUGUGUAGGCAGCGUGAGAUGCAUCUGCAGCUGCAUCAUCCCUUCAGCUAGUAGUCUCCACAUUCUUGUUUCUAUUCUCGCUUUCCUUUCGGCCUCGUCUUUUCUCGAUCGGAGUAUCAAACCCUGCGCGCCCAUGUCUUCCCGAAUCCUGAAUUUCUAGUCGUCCAACGCACGGUGAACGAUUUGGCUGAUCUCACUGAGUCCACACAGAGCGAGAGAACGAGCGAGGCCUAGUCCAGCGUUUCAGUGUCAUCAACAUUACCGCAUUACUAUCUGGAAGGUGGAGAAGAGGCAGACAAAUGUCUGUUCAGUCGACCAGAAGUCUGAUAAGGCGGGUCACACAUUCUCAGCGGGCGCAAAGUCUGAACGCGUAGUGAGUUUAUUAUGGAUAGCUUGAUCACAGCAGAUAGUCUUCAUGGCAGGAUCGCCAGGUCUAUCGAAAGAGGAGAGAUUUGAAAUAUACUGCCGCAGGAGGAUCGCCGACAAGCUUCACUUGUAGCGGAGCUGAAGGACGUGAAAAAUCGAAGGGUAGGAAUGUGGAGUGACAUGAGGUAAAGGAAGGCAAAAGCACCCGUCGACAGGUCCAUCUCCCUCGACCAGACAAGCAGACUCAUACACACUGUGCGAGGCUGCAAGAUGCAGCUCACCGGAGACAUCGAUUGGCACGACGACGAGGCGGAAGGCACCGGGAGGUUCGACCAUCGCAAGGAGCUCGCGACGUUCGGGAGCGUUCCCACCAGAGUGACGACAGCCCACGGCAGGAGGUCCGCAGAUUUUCUGCCCGAGCGCGAAAUGUACUUCGACAUGGACAUAGCACUCCCUUUCCACUGGGAGACCAUGACUGGCAAAGGACACAAGCUCUCGAAAUCCACCGAUUCUCAGGAAUUCGAGUUCAGCAUGUCGGUCGAUCCUGCCGAGCCCGUCGAGAAAGAGAUAUCUCCGGCCGACGACCUGUUUUACAAAGGUCAGCUUCUUCCUCUCCACCUACCGAAGCGAUUGCAGAUGGUGCAAAAGCUGUCCUCCCCCAAACAGACAUCUCCGUCGUCAUCUUCAGCCUGCAAGGCAGACCCCUCUGCCGUGACAGUCUCGUGCUUUUUCCAACCUAGUAGUCUGAAAUAUAGCGCGCUGGGAUUAGACGAAAGCUACUUGGGCUCUGCGCUGGUCAAUUCUCGCAGUUCCAGUUUCCACUCGCAAGGGAGCAACAACUUUUGGGAGUCGGACUCCCCGGGAGACGUAGACUCUGGAGAUAGCAGCUCUUCUCGAGACUCGUCGGGCAGCUCGCAAGAUGCGUGCGUACCCGACAAGCAAAAUCAAGCGGCAGGGAGCUUCAAGGACCACAUUGCGUUCGGUAGCCACUGCAGCAAGGACAGAGGUUUCUUCCAGCAGCGUGAAUUUUUUGCCAAUCACAACUUGCGGUCCGAGAAGUCGCUCUUCUCUUCGUGGCUCAGGACGCCGUUCAAGUGGAAAGUGCUUUUCGGGCUCAAGAGGAACUCCAAGUCGUCCAAGAGCGAGGACAAUGUGAAGACGGUGAUCGACGAGCCUAGCAGGCGCUGCAGCAGUGACCACCACAACAUCAAGAAGAAGCUCCCGCGGAGUGCUCCGGCUCCGGAUGAAUUCGUCCCGGGCUCUGUGACCGUCAAUUUUCCUCGCUCGGCCAGGGCCACGAGCUCGUUGUUGUUCGGUGCAGACCAGAGACUGUCGGGCAGGAAGGAGUUCUCAUCGUCGUCGGCGUCGUCGACGACAUCUUCAUCCUCGGCCCGUGCUGGUUCAGGCUGCGGCGCUUCCGCCUCGACCACGGGCGAGCUUCCGCACAGCGGAAGUUUGCUCCUCUUCCCACCAUCCGACCACGGAUUCGUCAAAGACAAGUUCGACUCAUCCGAGCGCUCUGUAUCGGGAUCCAAGGCCCGAGAAAGCCUGCACAAGUACCUCAACAUCCUGAAGCCAUUGAACGUGAAAGGGCCGCAGAGGACCGCCGACACAUCGGAUUUGAACACGUACAGAAUGGUCGACAUUCGGGCCACGACGUUCUCCGGAAAUCUCACGUCUUCUCCCAAGCACUCGUCUUCAUACUCGGCCGGGCUGCCGUCCCCCAAAGCCGCAUUCGCCAAAAGCAUGUCGUCUCCGAAGCCUUCGUUCUCCGAGAAAAGGUCUCCGGUCAUGCAGUCUCUGUCGGGGAACCUCCGGGUCCCUUCCUUCUCCAGAAGCUCGAAGGCGUCGAUGACUGCAGGCUCUGUCGCCAAAGCGGCCUCUCCGAAUCACAGCGGGGCUCUCCCCACUAGCAGCCCCAGUGCAAUGGCUGAGCUCCACAGCGCGAUCCAAGGAGCAAUUGCUCACUGCAAGCAGUCUCAGGCGAAGUCGGACUGUAAGUAGUUGAUGCUCGGAUUGCGAAACAUGGCCGUUUCGAGAACACACGCAGUAGUAGAUUUGCAGCGAGCGGGCUGGCCUGUGAAGUUUGCAGUCGAAAGAGGACGAGGUCUUACCACCUAGUGCCAUGCAUUUCUGUCACCGGCAGAUCUUCGACCGGCACGACGAGGGUGUCGAUCGUCGAGCGAGUGCAGCAGUUCAGUUCUUUCGAGAAAGCGGAGGAGGAUGUAUUGCAGAGAAAACAUCUAUUAUGGCUCGGGGAGGGAAGAGAGUUUGAGAGACCGAGAGAGAGAGAGAGAGCGAGAGGUAAAGCAACUUAUUGUACAAAGCCGGCAUUACGGUGGUAAUCUGAUUGUCAUCAUCUUGGUGAUUGUGUCGGAGUUUCUUCAGUUUUCCAUUUCCAUUUGUUUUCUUGUUUCGUGAACCAAGCUCCGCCUUGUUACGCUGUAUUAAUACGAUCCGCCACACUUGGAGGUGAGAGCCGUGGUUCGGACUCCGAGGCAGUGACGGGAGGAGCUUGGCCGGCGACUGGGCUCUUGGCCCACCAUCGCUUUGGAGAGACAGAGAAAGCAGAGCAUCUCAGAGCAGUCGACUGCCGGUUCCACGCAUCGGCGGCGGGUCCAUGUACAACAGCGAUUCAAUCCUCGGCGCGUCUUCAGACCCAUAAUGUCCGUCCAUCAAUCAGACCUGUCUGUGAUUGAUUGCCCGCUUCAUGCCGAUCAGCCGCCUCUCCCCUUGAGCCGAUCAGGGGUCGAUGGGUUGAUGGGUCGAUGGGUCGAUCAGUCUUUCACUACUGAGGCAAGCGUGAGAGACGCAGCGGCGGCAGCAGCAGCUUUCAUCUGCUCCGAAGUCUUAACCAGCGUCUGGGCAUUUUGCUUCUUCUACGUUGGCUACAUCAUCACCGGAUGUCACUCUUGUAGCAGUCUGCACACAUGAACUGCUGCCUUGACCUGCGGGGGCUGUAUACUUCUGCCCAUAUCUGAGCAUGCAGUCCAUGCCCCACGCCAACGCUAUCGAUCGGAGUUCGCCAUCAACAUAAUACAACAUUCACGUACAUAACUACUCUAGCAGACUGGGCUACAUGAACAGUGAGUGAGGCCUCCACUUGAGGCUCAAUCACGAUGUGCAAGCUCGGUUCUUGCCUGAUCUCAACUUACAGUAUCUACAUCUACCGACCUUGGAAGUAUUCCGUUGCAAGUGUUCACGGACGUCCUGGCUGUGAGCUCAGAUCAGAUCAUUCUCACCCCGAGGCUCUUCAGUGAUUGCAACAUGCGGGUGUUACUCAGGCGGAGUCUAUUCUGAAAGAUGUAGAAUCAAUGAAACUUUUUCCUUCUCGGUUCAGAUGAUUAAUACAUUCAUGUAGUUUUGAAAGAAGUUAUCGAGGUUAGUGGUUCACGCUGGAAGCCCGCUCGCUCGUCCAAUUCAAACUUUAAUAGAAGGAUGUAUGCACCAGGUGGUGAAGUGAGGGGAGGAGAGAAGAGAAGAGAAGAGGAAGGUCAAGGAGUACGGGGCUGAAUCUCAGCUGAGUGCCGUCUUAUGGCAACUUGUAAAAUCUUAGAAUCUUAUACCAAUGUACUCGUUAAGGGGCUUUGGUUCUCUUCAACGAUGACCAUCGCGC